CUGAAAAUUUCAGUUGUCGAAAGUUUUGUUGAAGAACAACAAGUGCAAAAUAAUGGGCGAUUUCGAUUAUCCAGCGGUCGCGCAGCACUUCAGAAGCCCAUUCUAGUUAUCAGUCAUCAGUGCGGCGCAGCUGCCCAUGAACUGCAAGCAGGCAUUUAUCGUCAGUUCGCAGUUUAUCUACCGUACUCCUACUACAAUCCCGGAAGAAUCGGCUUGAAGGUGUUCGACAUCGGCCGGCUCAGCCUUGACCUCGUCUAUCCGAACGAACAGAACGCCGAGCUUGUGGACAUUAGCAGUUAA